AUGGCUGCCUAUCAAUCCCCUCCGCCCGUCCAGCAGGGCCACGCUGCAGUACCGCGUCAGUUCCCCGCGUUCAACCCGGUCGCCGCGACGAACGCCCCCGCGGGCACAUUCCUGCCUGGCACCAAGGUGCAGGUCGGCGGUCAUCGUGUGGUGGUCGAGAAAUAUCUAUCCGAGGGAGGCUUCGCCCAUGUCUAUGUCGUGCGGCUGCCCAAGCCGGUCAAUGGCACCGAUAACGCCGUCUUGAAACGAGUGGCCGUCCCCGACAAAGCCGCGCUGGCCAGCAUGCGCACCGAGGUGGAGACCAUGAAAAAGCUCAAGGGUCACAAACACAUUGUCCGAUACAUUGACUCCCAUGCCUCCCAAUUACAGGGCGGUGGAUACGAAGUUUUCUUGCUCAUGGAGUACUGCGCGGGCGGCGGUCUGAUUGAUUUCAUGAACACACGGCUCCAGAACCGAUUGACCGAGCCCGAGAUCGUCAAGAUCUUUUCUGACGUCGCAGAGGGAGUCGCUUGCAUGCAUUACCUCAAGCCACCUUUGCUCCACCGGGAUCUGAAGGUGGAAAAUGUCCUUAUCUCGCGUGCCUCGGGCUCGACGAUCUACAAAUUAUGCGACUUUGGAUCUGCAGCGGCUCCUCGGCCCGCGGCGACCUCGGCGGCUGAAGGUCGGUUGAUUGAGGAUGAUGUACAACGCCACACGACAAUUCAGUACCGGAGUCCGGAAAUGAUAGAUGUCUAUCGAAAGCAGCCAAUCGACGAGAAGAGCGAUAUUUGGGCACUGGGGGUCUUCUUGUACAAGUUGUGCUACUAUACAACCCCUUUCGAGGAAGUUGGGCAGAUGGCCAUUCUCAACGCGAGCUACAAAUUCCCUGCCUAUCCUCAAUUUUCAGACCGAUUAAAGAUGUUGAUUGCAACGAUGCUCAUGGAGAAUCCUCAAAAACGUCCCAACAUAUAUGAAGUGGUGAAGGAGAUUUGCGAUAUGCAAGCGAAAAAGGUCCCCAUUCGCGAUAUCUACUCGCACCGAACCGCCUCUGAAGCACCUCGUAAUCCUGAAUUGCCAUCACCUCCAGUAGAAGCACCCGCCGUCGGCGCGACUUUCUCGCCUCCGAUUCAAGAGACCCAGAUCAUCCCAGAAAUUGCGCCCAUGCGGAGAGGCCGACCUGGAAAAUCUCAGCCUUCAGCCCGCAGCUCGGCCAAACCGAGUCCGUCUCCUCUUCGUGAUGGGUCGAAACAUUCGUUGCAUGAUCCCUUCGCGGCUCUAGAUGGCAAUGCGAGGCAACAUGCGGAUGAGCUGUCAAAUCGGUUCCCAACGUUGGAUCAAUUCGACAUUCUCCACGAGAAGGGGGAUACGUUUGCAUUUGAGCCUAGUUCGAAGGAGUCCAAAUCCGGAGACGAAGAUCUCUCGCAAAGAUUGACCAAUGCGCUGGCCGAUGACGCUUUCGGGCAACGCUCGUCUCCGGAGCGACAGCCUCCUCCUACAAAUCGCAGAUCGCAGGUAUCCCCGGUGCGAUCAGGAACGCCCCAGGAGACAGUCACUCGGCAACAAGCGCCGCUGUAUCAGCCCAAGCCCCAGCGACCACAGAUGGUCUCUACGGGCACGAUGACAUCUCCGUCGCAAACACCUCGUCUGUCAGAGUCGAGCCCUACCAGCCGGCCAAUCUACCGCUUCCCGGCUGCUGAUAGCGAGCGCCGUCCAUCUAGCCAAGUUCGAGCUGCUGAUGACCACCAGAUCAAUGGACCCAAAGCUCCAUCGCCCCCUUCAGCCAGUGUGAGACCAGAGCCCAGUCAUCGUUUAUCAUCUGACCGAUUGUCCAAUCAAAGUCACUCGGCUCGGCCGUCCCUCGAAGGAAUUCGACGGCCAUCAGGCCUGGAAGUCACCGAACCUGUCAGCCGAUCCAAGUCUGCAAUCUCAAAAGUGCGACCAGUCUCAGUUCAAGCUUCAAUGCGCUACGACUACUCACGUGAGCCGGAGACUUCGCGCUCAUCUUUGGAUCUGUCGCAGAUACAAUACGAGGGCGGAGCACCAUUACGUUCAGUGCGAACCGAGCUCGAUCGGGAGCCCGAACGAGCCAACAUCACCUCAGACAUGGAUUAUCUUCGGGCAAAGGAGGAGGAAGAGAGUCUCCGAAAGCGAGAGAAGCGGAGUAGUAGUGGCGCUAAACAUGCCAAGCGAGGUAGCUUGCAAUCUUUGUCACUCUCCGGAAGCAAGACACUCUUUGCUGGCCGUUUCGGGGAAGCCUUCCGUCGCUUUGAAAGCACGAAUGGCGAGAAAACCUCCUCACCUACGGCCGAAGACUAUUCACAGCAGCAAAAGGGUCUUGGGAGUGACGUGUCUCCGCUUGAUUCACCUCCUAAUGAACGAGCUGCCUUUGAUACAGGUGAUCUUCUCGACGAUCUGGACCGUGAAGAUAUAUCUCCGGAAAUGCGACGUGAGUUGGAACGUCGGCGACUUUCGCAGGAAGAGAAGCGUGUGGCCAAUGCCGCAGCAGAGUACCGGCGGCGCGUUGCUGAGGGCGGCGACGGAGGUGGCCAGCCUCGCUCUCGGGCCAUCAUGAAUCGAAUGCAAAACUUCCUCGGCGAGUCUAACAAGCCACAAGUGGCGCCGAAGACCGCGACCGGGUAUGGCAAGUAUACCGAUUCCGAUGCUUUGCAGGCGAAGCCAGUUGAUCAGAACGGAUCGAUCACAUCCUCAGGACAGGCCCCCAUAUCUCGUGCCCCUGGUCCAAUUUACGGUGCUCGCGAAGGAGCUCCUGGCCCUGCCACACGAUCGUCUCCCGCCACUCUCACCAGACCAUCAGAAACAUCAAGUCCCAAGCCUGCAUCGCGUCCAGCAGCUCCGCCGAAGCCAAAAAGCCUGCGUAUGGGAGGACAAGACACUUCCCGGCCUGGCACAGGCCAUGCUGCAGCCUCUCCUGCAAGCCCAGGAGAGGAUUGGGAGGAGAAUUUCAGUCGACGGUUCCCAAGCUUGUCAGGACUGGAGAUGGAGACUGAAAUUACGGUCCCGCACUAUUCCAAGCUCCGAACCCGGGAGGUUUAG